UGCUGCACAUAUAAAUCGAGCGCACCCCAGCUAGCUGAAACCACCCGCAGCCAGAGACACAGAGAGAGCGCAUAACAGGCCGAGAGAGGAGAGAAGACAACAACGCAUUAUAGACGAAUUACCAUCGAAGCACACACACAAACCGACUAUUCACGGGGCAUGAUGGGGAGGUUGUGUGAGGUGGCUCUUGUGUCCCUUCUUGUUGUGUUCCUCCUGAACACUGAGUCCACAUGGGCUAAGAGAGGGACCAGCAGCAGCAGCAGCAAGAAGACCUCGUCGUCUUCCAACAACAGGGGUGGGUCAAAACCAUCUCCGUCCUACCCCCGACAGCCGCAGAAUCCUAACCGGAACACCAAUCCGUACCCUGGUGGUGGAAGUUACCCUGGUGGUGGAAGUUACCCAGGAGCAGGCAACACUAAUCCGGGAGGGGCUCCCAGACAAAACCCACCGAGUUAUCCAGGAGCCGGUAGUAACCCCAACCAGUAUCCGGGUAGAGCCAAUCCUGCAGGUAAUCCUAACCAGAACCCUGCGGGGGGAUAUCCGGCUGCAGGUGGAUAUCCGGCCGCUGGGGGGUAUCCGAACCAAAACCCGGCGAGAGGGAAUUAUCCAAAUCAAAAUCCAGCUGCAGGAGGCUACCCAGCAGCAGGUGGCUAUCCUAACCAACCAGGCAGAGCUGGAAACCCAGGAGGAUAUCCUAACCAGAACCCAGGAGGAGGCUACCCAGCAGGAGGAGGCUACCCAGCAGGAGGAGGCUACCCAGCUGCAGGAGGCUACCCAGCUGCAGGAGGCUACCCAGUCAGAGGGGGAAAUACAGGACAGGGUUGGGGUCAGCCUGGGGGAUACCCUGGGGGUCAGCCUGGGGGAUACCCUGGGGGAUACCCGGGUGGUGGAGGGAUGGGUGGUGGAGGGAUGGGUGGUGGUUACCCCAACUGGAACCCGAAUAAUAAGAUCCUCAGUCCCCGCUAUGGCGGAGGAGGCUAUGGAUACGGUGGUAAUCAAGGGAUGGGAGGGUCUCCUUUCUCUCGAUCUGUAUCGAGUAUGGGUUACCAGCCCCAGUCUUCAGGUUUCGCCAAAAAAGCCAUGCUGGCAGCAGGCGUCGGCGCCGUUGCGGGAAUGGCCGUCGGAUACGGACUCGGGCGCUUCCCUCGACCACACUUCAAUUUCCGCAACCCCGAAGAAGAGCAGUACUACAACAACUACAUGUACAAGCGCUACGGCACCCAAUCCACGGAUGAAAAAGACUUUGGCCGCGAUUACGUCUACAAGCCCCCGCCACGGGCAGAGACUUACGACAAGUUCAUGGGUAGCUGCAUGAACAGGACUGACCUUCUCAAAGAUCAGGGGAGCAGCUCCACCAAGCCUAAAAGUCCGGGCGGAGGCGACAAGGAUGAUGGCGACACCGUCGGCAUUGAGGAGAUCGGAUACCCGGCCCUGAUUCAGCAACUGAAGGCCCGGCGCUGCGUUGAGCUGUACAUGGUCUACUCCGAGCGCUUUCUGGAGGAACGAAAAGCCGAGCAACAAACCCAGGGAAAUCGCAGCAGCCCUCUGAGCGACGGGGUGAUCCAACUCUUCACCUCCCUCCUCAUGCUACUCUCCAGCAUACUCCUUCUCCAGUGAGAAUAAUUAGGUGUCCUUUUUCCAUACCCCAAAUGGAUUCUACUUCCUUUACUAUAUCUGCACGUCCACAUUCUGCUAAUGUAACUCCAUAGAAAGCUCUCUGGAUCAUAUGUAGUCAAUCUAUUAUCGCCGCAGAAAACUAGUAACAAAAUGCUCAUGUGUAUAUACUGUAGUAACUAAAGGAGUCAAUUUUACAGUUAGAUCAUCAGUUGUGUGUUGUACACUAUUUUUUCUGUUAAUUCUUUCAAGAAUUUAGUUAGCAUCUCUGUUACUUUGCACUUUUUUACUCCAUGUUAUUAAGCACUGAAUGCAUAGAAAACAGAUUCAUGUGGUUCAGUCAUUGUGACAGUACUGUAUGUCUGCUACUGUGUAAAAUAGGAAUGUGACAUUAAGGGUUUUAUAUAUGUACAAAAAACAUCCAACUAACAUCGUUCAUGUAACUGUUUCACCUGUACCGGACAAUUCAACAGAUAGAUUUUUCAAUUGGUUAAUUUGUUUUCAUCAAAUAUAAAAGAAUGUUUAACUUGGAUCCAUUUAAAAAAAAAAACAACAACUGGGCUUUCAAAGCAGAUUUUCAGAUCGUCAGUGCAAAGUGCA